AUGAAAGACCACGCGUGGGCCUUCGUCCAUGGCGCGGAUGAGCCGAAACAACUCGAGUACUACUGUCUAGAGCUUCCUGUCUUUGGUGUCUUUGUCUAUAGUUGUCUAUAGCCUGUCUUUGAUGUCUUUGUCUAUACAUAUUCUCGACCAACAAGAACAACGUCAGUCAUCUCUUGCUUUCCACUCACGCAGAUACAUCUCCCGCGAGGAUAUCUUAGCUCUUGUGCGUUUCUGUAUUGAUGACGAAGCCGGGGCACAGAACAACAAGAAGUCCGCGAUAAAUGCCAUCGAGUCUGGCACCAUCAAGCGCUUCAUGCAAGAUACUAGCUAUGUCUACACGCUCUUCACUACGGCGUACACGGAGACGGAGAAGGACAGAGAUGUCGUGGAGAAUGUGGUUGGUUUGGCUGCG